AUGGCAAGCAUGCAAUUCUUCUUCCUCGAAUUGAUUGAAGCACUGAAGACCACUCCACGGCGGGGCUGGGUGCUUCGCGGAGUGCCAGAUCCUGAGAGCGUCAGCGAUCACAUGUACCGUAUGGCAAUCAUGUGUCUCAUGGCACCUGGGGCCCAUGAAAGACUACGCAUGAGGGCUGCCUGUAUGGCAUUAGUUCACGACAUGGGGGAAGCAUUGAUUGGAGAUAUCACUCCAUCCGAUGGAAUCACACAGAAACACGAACGGGAAGAGAUGGCCUUGAAAUUCCUUGCUUGCACCCUUCGCUCGUCGAACCCAGAUUUCGCAGAUUUGUUACUGGAAUUAUGGCACGAAUAUGAGGAUGGGAAGACUGAAACGGCGAUCUUGGUGCGACAACUCGAUAAGCUGGAGUGCAUUCAUCAGGCCGUCGUAUACGAACAACGUAAUGGAAGAGAUCUUGGGGAGUUCAUGGAACUCAAAGAGAAAGUGACAUUGCCAGGAUGGCAACAAUUGUUAAACGACUGCUUACACAAGCACGAAGAGAUACAAUCGCGCAAAGCAAAAAGCCCCGUUGUGAUAUUCGUUUCUGGAGGUCCUGGUGUAGGGAAAGGGACGCAGAGCGCACUCCUCGCAGAGGAAUUCGGCUUCCAUCACAUCUCCGUUGGCGACUUGUUGCGUGAGGAGGCAGCACGCUCAGAAUCUCCCUACAAAGAUUUCAUACCCGAAAGCAUCGAACGGUCGAUCCUACUUCCAGCUCAGCUCACCACUCAGCUUUUGAGCCAAGCCAUGGGCGAUAUGCGAGGACCAGACAGACCUAUGUUUCUUCUUGAUGGAUUUCCUAGGAAUGUUGCGCAGGUUGUUGAUUUUGAAUCCAAGAUCUGCAAAGACUACGCGACCAUUUCGCUAGAUUGCUCCGAGACGGAAUUGUUGACUCAUCUACACGAUCGUUCCGCGUAUUCGACCCGAAUAGAUGACAACCCGGACUCCAUAACGAAAAGGCUUAAGACCUUCAACGAAAACAAUACUGAGGUCCUCAAAUAUCUACAACAACGCGGACCUCUCUUUCAUAUUGAAUGCCGUGGAUCGAUUGAUGAGGUGUACGCAGGUGUACGUGGGGCAGCCCAGGAGAUACUUCGCAUUCAAGAGGUAUGA